AUGGAGGAUGUGCAGCCGAUGGCUGAAACAUAUAUGUGCUCCUAUGCGCUGACCACAAUUAGAAGUUUACAGAGAAAAUCAAGCAGCAAGAUGCAGAAUAUGACAUGUGUGAUGGUUUUGACAUGUGUAUGCUUGCGUCAUUUAGAUGGUGUGUUUGGUGAUGAAGUGAAGUCAGUGUCAGUGAUGGAGGGACAUUCUGUUACUCUACACACUGAUACUCAACUACAAAGUCGUGAUGUGGUCGAGUGGAUGUUUGGUGUUCAGAGUCCAGAUGAGAUUAUAGCUGAAUUCUACAGAGAAGCAAAUAUGACAUCAUUUAACAAUGAGAGAUUGAAGAAUCACUUACAGAUAGAUGAUCAGACUGGAUCUCUAAUCAUCACAAACAUCACAACUCAACACACUGGACUUUAUCAAGCAGAGAUCACCAGAUACACACAACUACUCAGCUUCUAUUACAAUGUGACCGUCUCUGCUCGUCCGCCUGUUCCUGCAAUGACUGGAGAUUCAUCACAAAACUCUUCAAAUUCUUUAUCAUCUUCAAACCACACUCAACAUCUGAACAUCACUGACGUCUGUCAGCCAUGUCCAGUUUGUGUCGAGUGCUGUGGUUUUACUGAAGCUGUGAUCCGAUUGGUCAUCUCUGCUCUAGUAUGCGUGGCUACCGUUGCUGUGCUAAUUUACGACAUCAGAUCCAAUAGAGCACAUGUGUCAAACUCUAUUCCUGGAGGGCUGCAGCUCUGCACAGUUUAG